AUUUCAUGGCCAGGUCGACCAGACUCCUUGAGUGUAUCCCGUGUGUUUGAGCCAUUCCCUUUCAUUCCUUGUUUGAAACCGAAAUUGGGAAAGUUCAGCUGUGCUCAGCCUAGUGAAGUCUAAUGAUGGAAUCAGUCCACUCUACUAUAAACGGUAAAUCAGCUAGGUGAUCCCAUUCUGAACCUUCCAAUUAGGGAAUAUAAGCUGAAAAAUAAAAAUAAUGAGAAUAGCUUGCUUGCUUUCCCCGUGCAUUCUUACUUAGAAUCUUCUCUAUUUUUAAUUUUUGAGGAAUUUUAUAUUAUUUUGAAGUUAAUUAUUAUUCUUGAAGAGAAUUUUUGCAUAGAUAAGCUACCUCCUCUUUUCCUUUUGGAACUAGAGCAUAACUUGCUUGGAAACUGCAGCUUAAACUCAUGCCCUGUAGUCUAGUGACAUACCUAAUUAUGGGUUUAAAUUAUAGCCAUACUUGUGACUAAAAAUAAAAGAUAAUUCCUUAUUUCAUAUAAAAGACCUGUAAAACACAAGUUUUAAAACUUAGUAUAUAGAUUAUUCCCUUUUCUAUUUCUAAUGUGAAAAUGUCUUAUUCUAUUUUCUGGUACACAGAAAUUGCUUUAAGGAUAGCAAUCAACUGAAAACAAAUGUCUGUGAGAAUGGUGUGUAUGAGAUGUUUAUCCAGAGGUAUGUCCUUGUGAAAAUACCAUGAGGACAGGUGUGGUAUCAAGCCUGUAUCAGCUACUUGGAAAACAUAGCUGACAGCCCAGGGAGUGUGGGCACCACUUCCAGCAGCUGCCACUGAGUAACAAGCAAGGUUCAGAGAUGUCGGAGAUCCUUCGGGAGUUGCUGUGUGUCUCUGAGAAAGCUGCCAACAUCGCCCGGGCUUGCAGGCAGCAGGAAGCGCUCUUCCAGCUACUCAUCGAGGAAAAGAAAGAUGGAGAAAAGAACAAGAAGUUUACAGUUGACUUCAAGACCCUGGCUGAUGUACUGGUACAGGAAGUUAUAAAACAGAAUAUGGAGAGCAAGUUUCCAGGCUUGGGGAAAAACAUUUUUGGAGAAGAAUCCAAUGAGUUUACUAAUGAUAUGGGGGAAACAAUAACUGUGGAACUUUGCUCAACAGAGGAGGAAACAGCAGCGCUUCUUUGCAAAGUCCUUAAUGGCAACAAGUUGGCAUCUGAAGCACUAGCCAAGGUUGUUCAUCAGGAUGUUGCCUUUACAGACCCAACUCUAGAUUCCAUAGACAUCAACAUUCCACAGGACAUUUUGGGAAUUUGGGUAGAUCCCAUAGAUUCAACUUAUCAGUAUAUUAAAGGUGCUGCUGAUAUUAAAUCCAACCAAGGAAUUUUUCCCAGUGGGCUUCAGUGUGUUACCAUUUUAAUUGGUGCCUAUGACAUGCGAACAGGGGUGCCACUCCUGGGAGUCAUCAAUCAACCCUUUGUGUCACAAGACCCAAAUACUCACAGCUGGAAAGGACAGUGCUACUGGGGCCUUUCUUACCUGGGGACCAACAUCCAUUCCCUUCCGCUCACCAUCUCGAAGAGAAAUGGCACAGAAGCGCGGAUGGCAAAGGCUGGCUCUGAGGCAGAGUCUGCCCAGCCCUUCUCAGCAGUCAUUAGUACCAGUGAGAAGGAGACCAUCAAAGCCGCACUGGCCCGUGUCUGCGGAGACAGCAUAUUCCGGGCCGCGGGGGCUGGCUACAAGAGCCUCUGUGUUGUCCAAGGCCUUGUUGACAUUUACAUCUUUUCAGAGGACACAACCUUCAAGUGGGACUCUUGUGCAGCUCAUGCCAUCCUGAGGGCCAUGGGUGGGGGGAUAGUAGACAUGAAAGAAUGCCUGAAGAGAAAUCCAGAAAGGGGGCUGGAGUUGCCACAGUUGCUGUACCAUGCGGAGAAUGAAGGUGCUGUUGGGGUAGAUCGCUGGGCCAACAAGGGAGGACUCAUCGCAUACCGAUCCAGGAAGCAGCUGGAGAGGUUCCUGAGCCUCCUGAUCCAAAACCUUAGGCUUGUGGAGACACAGACUUAGAAAGGUUGUAACUUCAAUGUACAGUGCAACCCAGACUCAACCUGUAUCCCAUUAUCUCUAUCAUUUGAAGAUAGUCUUGUCCUCUUGAUGGCUGGCAUUCUUAUUCCUCUUUUGAGGAGCAUUUUUCAUUAUGUGUAAAUGAUGUUAAUUUUGGCUCGUUAAUGACAUUCAUACAGCAGUUAAAUUGAUAUGAUAUUCUUAUAGUGAGUAUUGAGUUGUUAAUGUUGCUUGAAACACGUCAAUAAAGUCUUGGAUGAGGGGGAAAAAGUGCUGGUUGAUUAGAACUACUUUGAACAUCUAUGGUGAGAGCAUUGCCCUGGAAAUGUCUGAGAUAUUAGAAUUCAAGAGGCAUUCUCUUGAAUUUUGUUUCCUGUUUUAAAAAGAAAAUCUUCACUUUUAGCCCAGAGCAUCACAUUUUUAAUUUGCAUAAUGUUACCAAGUUCAUGUAAUUUUGAGAAUAUUCUGGGGUUAUUUCCUUUCUUCAGUAAAGCCUGGAUCUCUAUGGGUUCCCUUCUAAAUUCAGAGGCAGGAAGGGAGUUAGAGAUACAGGAGAUGUGGAAGGAAGGGAUGGGGAGGGAAAGAAUAUAUAUGUGCAAAUGCUCAUAAAACACACACUUGAUUCCUGGAGGUAAAGCAGAAAGGGAUGGAAUAAUGGUUUGUAAUUUUAUGUACUUCACCAGAAAAAUCAGAGUUAGGCUCUCUCCAUAUAUACACACACAUACACACACAAUCCUUGUGUGUAAUAUUCCAGACUGAAUGUUCUCUGACUUACAACACAGAUCAUGAAUACCUUUAAUAUUAAGUAACUCCUCUAGUUCUUUCUGACAUGCGCCCUCUAGGGGCCCAUGGACGUUUCUACAACACCCUCUAUUCAAUUACAAAUGAAAGCAUUUUUCUUCUAGUCUUCAUAACUGAACAGACAAAUAAGAUUUGUAUUUGUUACUCAACAUUGAUACUUUGAAUUAUGUAUGCAUUUUGGAAUGACAAGCAAACAUGCAUUAUUCUAGCAUAUAUUUUGUGGUAAGAAUACUUACAAUGUCUACAUUUUCAAGUACUCUAUUUAUUGUUGGCAGGUUGUAAUAGAUAUCCUAAAUAUAUUAUGUCUAGUUGAAAUCUUGUAAGCUUUUGACUAUCUCCCCUAACCCAAAAGUAUCUCUCUCCACCCAGUGGGGGUUCCCAUAGAACACUAUUCUACUCUCAUUCAGAGUGUGACUUAAGAAUCCACAAAUAUAUGAGAUCAUGGAGUUUUCCAUUCUUGGUUUAUUUCACUUAACACAAUGUCCUCCAGGCUCAUCCAUGAGUCACAAAUGACAGAGCUUCAUUUUUGUUUACAGCUGGACAGAGUUCCUUUGUGUACAUAUCACAUUUUCAUCAGUUCAUUAGGUCAAUUCCUUAUCUUUACUGUGAAUGAUACUGCAAUCAACAGAGGAAUGACAUAUCUCUGACACAGAAGAAAUUACAUUUCCUAAAUCAACACUUCUUAGCAUUUUGUGACAUGCAGAAGUUUCAAUGACUUCUUUAGUGACAGCUUUAGAAAGUGCAUAUUGAGCUCUGUGCUUGUAUAUUUUGGUCACUGGCAAUCUUAAUUUAAAGAUUAAUGUGAAGACCCAGUUCACUCUUUACAAAGCACAUUGGAAAUGAAAGCUCAGGGCCCCCACUGCUGCAUGCAGUGGAACA